GCACCUGCCCCUCGCUGGGACCGGCCCUGUCCGGCUCUCCUCUCUGUCGCCGUUCCCCUUAUUAAAUAACACGCCAGUUACCUGUCGGGCACGCGCAUCAUCGGGCACCAGCAGAGGGUAUAAGUGAGCCGCGCGCUCGCGGGGCUCGGCAGUGAACAGUGACCCGUCAGAGACACAACAUGAGCCGCGGGGACCGCGCGCACCUGCCCGCGCCACGAGCCUCCUCUCCCCGGGAGCGCAGGAGGUGAUGCGCCCUGUGGGACUCGGCUCGGGUCUGUUACCGGAGAGGAUGGCGGAGCCGUGGAGCCACAACACCACGUCCUCCUGGAACCGGUCCUCCGCGGGACCGAACCGGUUCAGCAGCCUGGACGACAUCGACGUGCCGGCGGACGGCUCCCCGGCGCUGCGCAUCCUCAUCUCCAUCGUGUACUCGGUGGUGUGCGCCGCGGGGCUGGUCGGGAACCUGCUGGUGCUCUUCCUGAUGAAGGCGCGCCGCGGCAGGAAGAAGCGCUCCAGCAUCAACCUGUUCAUCCUCAACCUGGCGGCCACGGACUUCCAGUUCGUGCUGACGCUGCCCUUCUGGGCCGUGGACACGGCCCUGGACUUCAGCUGGCCGUUCGGGAACGCCAUGUGUAAGAUCAUCCUGUCCGUCACCGUGAUGAACAUGUACGCCAGCGUGUUCUUCCUCACCGCCAUGAGCGUCACGCGCUACUGGUCGGUGGCCUCGGCGCUGAAGGACCGGACCCGGCGGCGGGUGUGCCCGGUGCGCUGGGUGAUCGCGGGGCUCUGGGUCUCCGCCACCGCGGCCUCUCUGCCCACCGCGAUCUUCUCCACCGUGAAGAGCGUGGCCGGGGAGCGGCUGUGCCUGCUGGGCUUCCCGGACGGGCAGUCGUGGCUGGCGCUGUACCACCUGCAGAAGAUCCUGGUGGCCUUCGUGUUCCCCAUGCUCAUCGUCACCGUGUGCUACCUGCUGCUGCUGCGCUUCGUGCGCCUGCGCAGCAUGAACAACAACCAGGUGAAGCGGCGCUCGCGCGUCACGCGCUCCGUCACCAUCGUCGUCCUCUCCUUCUUCGUGUGCUGGAUGCCGAACCACGCCAUCACCCUGUGGGGCGUCCUGGUCAAGUUCAACCUGGUCAACUGGGACCGGACGUACUACACGGUGCACACGUACGUGCACCCGGUGACCGUGUGCCUGGCGCACACCAACAGCUGCCUGAACCCGGUGCUCUACUGCCUGAUGCGCCGCGAGUUCCGCAAGAAGAUGAAGGAGCUGUUCUGGAGGAUCUCGUCGCCCGCCGGCAGCAACACGUGCCCGCUGCGGCCGUUCUCCGGCACCGUGCGAGCGGAGCCGGACGACACGCAGGUCGUCAUCCCGCUGAACAACGUGGAGACGGACAACUGCCGCCUGUCGGUGCUGACGGACCAGGACACGGAGGCGCUGCAGCGGUGAGCAGAGCCCGACCACCGGGCGACGGUUAAUCGAACGUGCCGGAGGAAACUGUGUGAACUUUCUCACACGUGAAGUGUUUUUACAGGAGUUUGUGCCCGAAGAACAACAUCAUGUUUCGGCUCAUCGCUUUUUGUUCCUUGGAGACCGCGCGUCACAUCCCAGCGCAGCUGCACGUGACGUGUUAAGUAUUGUUGUCACUUUUCUUCAAAGGGGAUUUUAUUAUAUUUUUCACAAUCACAAUUUAAAGGAGCGAGACACAAGGGAGAGGAGUGAGGAGAGGAGUGAGGAGAGGAGUGAGGAGCGCGCGUAAAACUGCGCGUAAAACUGCGCGUAAAACGAUCCAACAGCUGCGUGUGACUGAAAGAUUCUUUGGCUGCUUCUUUAUUUUUUCUCCGUAUAACCGGAGUGAAGAGUCGGUGUCUCACCCCGCGCUGCUUGAGGAACCACCGUCCGGUCCCGGUCCCGGUCCCCCCACCCGCCGCCGCUUCACGCCUCUUGUCUGUCGGACUCUUGUUGACGUUUGUUGUGGCCGGUGUGUGAAAUGUAAACGUUCAGUAAGUGAAUGUAAAAAAAAUAAACAAAAAAAAAGUGCCAAUGCAACAUUACAAUGAAUGUUUGUAGAAUAAAAUAUUCAAUUUGUGUUGACUCGA